UUGCACGUCAUUUGGAUGGAGACCCACGGCACCUUAGAACUGACCAACACUUCUGGUUCUUUAGAGACUCUGAACAACAACACAGUUCCUUCAACCGUCCUCGUAGCCACCGGUGUCAGAGAUGAAAACAUUCUGCUGGUGAAUUCGUAUCAAAGGGAUUUCGUGGAUCCUGGGAGAUGGCAUCAAAAUACUUGGGCAGACUUCAUAUUAUUUCAGCUUGUGAGUCCAAUCCUCGUUGUCAUAGGAACGUUUGGCAACGUGUGCGUGGUGCUGGUUCUGAGCAAGCGGAAGUACGCCAGCGUUUUCAGCACUCUUCUCUACGGCACGCUGGCUGCGCUGGAUUUUCUAGUGCUCUACCUUGCCUUGGUCCGCUACUUCCUUGUCGCUACCAUACGUCUGGACUUCAGGCAGUUCUCCUUCAGAGUCUGUUGGUAUGAAUGAAUGAAUGAUUGGAA